AUGAGCGAAGUAGCCGCCUCCGUCUCACCACCUGUACGUCCGGGAGCCGCCGCCGCCGCCGCAGACGAGGCGGCAGGUGGAAACACCACGGAGGAGGACGAUGGGGCGCGCAACCCCCGGGAAGUACGGUGCAGUGACUGCAUAGUAUGGAACAGGCAGCAAACGUGGCUUUGUGUAGUGCCUCUUUUAAUUGGAUUCAUAGGAUUGGGUCUGAGUCUGAUGCUUCUCAAGUGGAUCGUGGUGGGAUCCGUCAAGGAUUAUGUCCCGACCGAUUUGAUAGAUUCCAAGGGUAUUGGCCAGGAUCCAAUUUUCCUUUCGAAGCCAAGCUCCUUUCCAAAAAGUAUGGAGACCACAACCACCACGACGACGACGACAGCGAGGACCCCCAAUCAGAUUAGCACUCGCUUAACUACGACAACUCGGGCGCCAACUCGUAUACCGGGAAGCAGGAUACCUAUCCGGGCUGGCCCUAGAACCACCACCGUACGCCACACGGUCGCCCCUCCUACAAUUAUCUCAACCACCGUACCCCUCGGCACGACCACUUUUGUUUCACGCCCUCAUCCCGGGACCCCCGCCACUCCACAAAUGCCCGCCUGGCCCACUGCGGAAUACUCUACCUCUUCUUACAAAAUUUAUAUUCACGAUUCCACCCUGUCCUGGACCCAAUUUCAGGAGUCUACUACCAGCCCGGAAACCACUACUCUUCCCAAAUACCACACUACGACUUAUCUCACAGAAAGAUCUGAGCACUUUAAACCGUGUAAGGACAAGGAUCUCGCCUACUGCUUGAACAACGGUGAAUGUUUUGUGAUCGAAACGCUGACGGCAUCCCACAAACACUGCCGGUGUAAAGAGGGCUACCAAGGUGUGCGCUGUGACCAGUUCUUGCCGAAAACGGAUUCUAUAUUAUCCGAUCCAACUGACCAUUUAGGAAUUGAAUUUAUGGAGAGCGAGGAGGUGUAUCAACAACAAGUCUUGUCCAUCUCGUGCAUCGUCUUUGGAAUAGUCUCCGUGGGUCUAAUAUGUGCUGCGUUCUACUGCAAGACAAAAAGACAAACAAAAAAGAUUCAAGAGCAACUCAAAGAAGUCCAGACUGGGAAGAAUUACUGCCUUCACGCCUCUAGUUUGUUAGUAAAAGGAAAAAGUCUGGGUGAAAACAGAGUCCCGCUUCAUAAGUAUUCGAAUUCGGAAAGAAACCCUGAGCCUUCAAAAGAAAAAGUCAUGGAAUCCAGCUUCUCAGAAACACAGCCUUUCUCCGACACCCCUCCGCCAGACAAAGGAAGCCAGUCAAUGAAACACCACAGAAAUCUCUCAUCAUGCUGCAGUCCCAGCCAAAGGAGUAGGAUGUUGCACAGAAAUGCCUUUCGGAGGACUCCCCCUCUGCCCCGAGGCCGCCUUAGCGGAAUCGCAGGACCGGCGUAUCAGCAGCUGGAAGAACCGGGACUCACCGAUCAGGACAUGAUACCUUGUGAAGGGUGUCCAAGUGAUUUGAGUCACCCGCAGCAUAACCCAAUAAAUAUGCAACUGCAUUUAAGAGAAGCCCACUCUUAUUUUAACAACACGGAUGAAAAGGACUCGGUUGGAUACACGUCAUCCAGAGCCAACUCCAUCCCCAUCAUACCAUCAAUGGGACUAGACGAUGCCUGUCUACAGAUUCCGAACGUUUCCGAAACGCCGGGCAACAAACGGUGCAAGAACUCUUAUUUCAAUGAACUCGUCAAGGUGAAUGUCCCACCUAGCAAUUGUCUUAUAGCCGAGCAACAAGAGGUUCAAAUUUUGCUCGAAACUGUGCAGGAGCAGAUAAGAAUAUUAACCGACGCAAGGAGAAGGUCGGAAGACAUGGGCCAGACGGUGGUGGAAGCGGACGACACGGCGAGCGAGAAUACGGCCUUCCUGUCGAUGAGCCCGAAAGCAAAAAGCGAACAGACACAAUUUGUCUUAAGGAGUGAAUUGCAAAGGGACUCGGCACUUCACGUGUGAUUGGACAACUAAACCCCCCACCCCCACCCACCCCGGGACCCUACUCCGAUGCCUAACAACAACAAAAAAAAAACAAACAAAAAAAAAAAAAACUGGAAAAAAAAGAGAGAUAUGAGCAAACAAAUUUAUAUAUAUGCAUAACUUAAGAGCAUCUACAUAGAAAAAAAAAAAAAACCAAAUAGUCUAUCGCCCUCAUAUCAUAGUGUUUUCUAAACAAAAUAUUUUUUUAAGGGAAAGAAAAGGUCUGACGGGACACGGCGUACGUUGAAUGCAUCGAUGUGUGAAAAAUAUAUAUUCUUUGUUGACCCAACUCGUUGGACUGCUGAAGGGCUUUUAAAUCCAUUGAAUUAAAAUGAUCUAAAAAUUCCUACAGCA